GGGGGGGCUGAGAUGUGAACAUGUAGGACUGUUAGGCAGCUGUCAACAUGUCAAGUCAGAGACAGGCAUGCAUGCACUGUGGUGUGUGUUUCAAACUGUCUGCCUGUACAGGUGGUGUGUGUCAGGAAAAACUCUCUCUGCUGGGAUACUGGUGAAGUGGGUUAGACUGACACCUGGUGUUUAAACAGAAAGUGAAAACAGGUCUGCCAGUUUGACACAGACUGGUUCAGUAAACAGACCAAACACUCAGCAUGGCUUUAGAGGAAGUUUGCAAUUACCGGGCUGGAAUAUCAAAAUAAUAAUUAACUUAAUUUAUAUAGCACUUAUUAAAAACUGAGUUUACAAAAUGCUGACAGCAAAGCAAGAAAAGUAAAUAUGAGCUAAAUAAUCAGCAGGAUGCAAUGUGACAAGGUAGUGGGUGGUGGGAAACAAGGUAAUGUUUUAAUUAAAUUAAUAAAUAUCAAGCUGUUAAAAGCACAUAAAAGCAAUAUGACCAUAAAAAUCAAUAAACAAAUACAAUUAUAAAUACACAGUAAAAAGAAGCAACCGCCUUUUAAUGAAUACAAAUCUGAAGAGAUAUAAUAUAUAAUAUGCAUUUGCAUUACAUAAAUUGGCUGAUAGAAUUUUCUUUACCCUGUAAUAUUGUUAUUGGUGAAUCCAUACAUAAUGGUAAUAUAACCCAAUGUCCUGCAUUUGCUGCAAAUAGUCUCUUCUAUGAGUUUAGAACAUUUGUAAACCCAUAAAAGUGGAUAAAACAUAUUUGCAAAAAAUCUAAAUGUGGUUUGUGGCUGUUUAAACAAAGUUGUGGUCGACUUUGACACAUUCAUUUAAUUACCUUGUGCUCUGUAGACUCACAAACACACUCACUGCUAAUCUGUUUUAUCUUGGGUAUGCAAUUUCCCACCAUCUCACAUUCAGAGCACACUGGGUUUUAUCACCAGCACUGAUGGCAACAUCCACGUUGUGUGUGUGUGUGUGUGUGUGUGUGGGUCUGUGUGUCUGUGUGUGUGUGUGCGUGUGUGUGUGUGCGCGCUCAUCUGUGAGUGUGAAUGCGACUGUGAGGGUGCGUCAGAGGAAAAAGGAAGUUGCGGGCCGAAGUUAAAAGCCGUCAACACAGUGCAGCUCUGCAGAACACCCACCACGGAAGAAAGAAGGCAGAGAGCGAGAGCUGAAAAUGAGACGAUGAGAGGAAGACGGGGAAGUGAACGUCGAGAACGAAGACCUAGAACUGCCAGGAGAACAUUCUGAAGUGUGUCGCUCGGAGAAGGAAGAUGGAGUUGUGGCGGCAGUGUGCGAUGUGGCUGAUCGACUGCCGAGUCCUUCCUGAGAACCACCGGGUCACGUCGGAGGGUGCACAGGUGUGCGACCUGGCUCAGGCUCUGAGAGAUGGCGUGCUGCUCUGCCAGUUGCUGAACAACCUGCUGCCACAUGCCGUCAAUCUGAGGGAGAUCAACCUGCGCCCACAGAUGUCCCAGUUUCUGUGCCUCAAGAAUAUCCUGACGUUCCUGGGAGCUUGUCAACAGAAGUUUCAUCUGAAGAAGAGUGAACUGUUUGAGGCCUUCGACCUGUUUGAUGUCCGAGACUUUGCAAAGGUCAUAGACACUCUGUCCAUCCUGUCUCACUCCUCCAUUGCGAUUCAAAGAAGACUCCAGCCUUUUCCUUUGGAAGGAUGUUCCACCGAUGACGAGAUCUACAGCGGCUUGUCGGACAAGAUAGAUGACACAGUGGACGAAGACGACGACUUGUACGACUGUGUCGAGGAUGAAGAGAACGAGGGGGACGAGAUCUAUGAGGAUUUGAUGAGGACGGAAGAACAGCCUGAAAUUCAGAAACCCACGGUGGACAAACGAGAGUGCUGCCUGCAGGAGAUCAGACAGACGGAGGAGAAAUACUCGGACACACUGGAGUCGAUAUUACAGCACUUUAUGAAACCUCUGGAGAAGUUUCUCCAGGAUCAAGACAUCGAAAGCAUCUUUAUCAACAUAGAGGAUUUGGCCGACACUCAUCGUAAAUUGUUGGAAGAGGUCCGGAGCUCCAUCCUAAAUAAUGGAGCCAAGAAUCUUUACCUGGUGUUUCUGAGCUACAAGGAGAGGCUCUUACUGUAUGGUCACUACUGUAGUCAGGUGGAAACAGCGACGAAGCACCUCGAAGGUUUAUCGAACGCAAGGGAAGACAUCAAGAUGAAACUGGAGGAAUGUUCAAAGAGAGCAAACAGUGGACGAUUCUCCCUCCGCGAUUUGCUCAUGGUCCCGAUACAGAGGGUCCUCAAAUACCACCUGCUGUUACAGGAGCUGAUGAAACACACCACAGACCCAACAGACAAGGACAACCUGCGCACAGCUCUUGAUGCCAUGAGAGACUUGGCGCAGAGUGUCAACGAGGUGAAGCGAGACAACGAGAUCAUCAGGCAGAUCACCACCUUCCAGUUGUCCAUAGAAAACCUGUCUCAGUCGCUCGCUCUCUACGGUCGCCCCAAGAUUGACGGAGAGCUGAAGAUCAGCAGCACGGAGAAAAAGUCCAAACACGACCGGCAUGCGUUCCUCUUCGAUAGAGCCAUGUUCGUGUGUAAGAAGAAGAGCGGGGAGUCGUUUGAGUUAAAGGAAGUCAUCGAACUUCAGCACUUCCAGAUACGAGAUGAAACCACUGGAGAGAAGGACAAUAAAAAGUGGUCCUACUUGUUCCUCCUGCUGGACUGUUUCGGGAGGUGUGGCUACGAUUUAUUCUUCAAAACCAGAGAAGUGAAGAAGAAAUGGCUGGAGCAGUUUCAAAUGGCCAUGUCAAACAUGUGUCCAGAGAACGCCACGGCCAACAACCACGACUUCCAGAUGCACUGCUUCGAGGACACCACCUCCUGCAAGGCCUGCUCGAUGCUGCUGAGGGGAAUUUUCUUCCAGGGAUAUCGCUGCACUCGCUGUAAAAUGGCUGCACAUAAAGAGUGUUUAGGCCGAGUACCUCCCUGUGGGCGAAGCUCAGAUCAUACUGGGACCAAGAAGAAUAAAACACAGAAGUCCUCGGGAAACUCCGGUGUUGGAUUUCCCAAGAUGGAGGUGUGUCAGGAGUACUACGGGCUGCCUCCGCCUCCCGUGGGCUUUGGCCAGCAGCUGCACCUGUCCAAAGGGGACAUCAUUGAGCUGUCCCGUGCCGAGGUCGACCUGCAGUGGUGGGAGGGAAGAAACCUGACUCUGGGUACAAUGGGAUGGUUCCCCUGUCGAAAGGUUCAGCCCUACGUCCCCAGGUCGACUCCUGACUUGUCUGGUUUCAACUGGUUUGCUGGGAACAUGGACAGAACCGGGGCCAAGAACCUGCUGAUGUCCCGCUCUGACGGAACCUUCCUGGUGCGGCAGAAAGAAGGAGGAGAGUUCGCCAUCAGCAUCAAGUUCAACAUGGACAUCAGACACAUUAAGGUCACCUCCGCUGAGGGCCUGUACCGCAUCAAUGACAAGAAAGCAUUCAAGGGUGUGAUUGAGCUGAUUCAGUAUUACCAGAAGAACUCCCUGAAGGAGUACUUUAAGGAUGUGGACACCACUUUGCAGACGCCCCACAAACAACCGGAGGAGAGCAACUCGUCCGACACCACACCGAACACCACACCAGGAGGCAGCCUGAAGAGUUUCGGCGUGGCGAGGGCCAGGUACGACUUCUCCGCCAGGGACCGCUCGGAGCUGUCGCUGCGGGAGGGGGACACCAUCAAGAUCCUGUCCAAGAAAGGUCAAAGCGGUUGGUGGAGAGGAGAAGUGUACGGCCGGGUGGGGCUGUUCCCAUCCAAUUACGUGGACGAGGACUACUCGGAGUACUGCUGACGUGGAUCCAGAGCUGGGAGGAGCCACAGCCACACAGAGUCGAUGUGAUAACUGGUUUCCAUCGAUUGCAUUAACCCAUGUGUGUGUGUGUGAAGGAGGGAGAGAGAGAUGCUGUUACUUGUGAUCUAGUGAUGUGAAUAAAACUUUUUUUUCAAAUGAUCAGAUGAUA